CUUAUUUUGAAUUGAUUUUAAAACAUUUAUUUGGAGUACACUUUAUCCACGAUGACCGACAGCGGAGGUGGAAAAAGUAAAAGCAAACGAUUUCACGGAACAUCUAAACCGUACGAAAGAAGACAGUCUUUUUUUGGAUCACUGACAGAUACAGUCAAGUCUGUUGUAACACCCUCUUGGCUUACUGAUUUAGUCAGGACUGUGAAAAGAUCCUCAAAAAACGAUGAAUCCAUAACAGAGGAAAAAGGUAGGGAAGAAAAAGAGAUAUUUCCAAGUAACAGUUCAAACCUAAAAUCCAACACAGCAGAAUAUGGUCAGCUGCCGAAUAACUCAGUACAGGCCAGAACAGAUACAUUUAGGGGUUUUACAUCGGGAUCCCCUUUGUCAGAGAACAAUUACACUUUUGAAGGUGUCAGUAAAAAAAAUGAAUCAAUGAAUUUGUAUCCUUCCAAUUCAUCGCGAUAUAAAGAGGAACAACCACAGGUUAAAGAAUCGACAGAGAUCUUACAGAAUGGAAGAGAUGGAGAAAUGGAGCAUUCAGUGGGAGCUCCAAGUGUCAAAUUAAAUCAGGCUGCCACCUGGACAGCUGAAUACAACACAAAAAUGUCCAGAAAACCUGCCGUAUGGAAAACACCAGGUUUUGAUGUCACAUUAUUUGGCACAUCAGAUGAGAAAAGAAGUAAUGCUGGACGUGAAAGCUACCACAUGUCACCCUUUUACAGUGGAAAAACAUGUUUUGGAGGAGCUUUAUCCCAGAAAUCAAGGAUGAAUCGUACUGCGCCAGACUUGAAAUAUCCUUGUCCUGUCCGACAGAAAAUACAACCAAAGACUAAAAAUCAAGAAUCUACAUCAACUGCUAAGAGAAUCUUGGCAACUCUUCAAAAAAUGUCAACACCACUGAAUGAUGCCAGAAAAAUUCCAUUUGAAGACUCUGUGCUUUUUGAUUCACCAACUCCGGUUGGACCACGAGGGCCACCAAGGCGACAGUUAACUACACCAUUGGCUGCAUCAGUGACAAAAAAUCGCCAGAGAAUAAGAAUCAAAGAAACACAGCCAACAAAAUGCCAAGACGAAUUACCAACAGAAACAGAAACAAAAUCUAAGUUUUUAUCUGACAGUACCUAUUCAGCAGGUGGAAAAUUGAAAGAAAAAAAAUUCUCUCAGCAUAUUUCUAAGAGAGGAAGUUUUUAUGAUGAGGAGGUUGAGUUACCAAAUUUGAGGACAGAGUUCACUCUUCCAAUUGAAAAUAUUACGGGAAUGAAAUUUGGCAUUUUGGAGAAGGAAAAUGGGAAUAAGGAUAAAGGUCAAAGAAAUGCCAUGGAUGGUGUCUUCACAUUUUCUUCACCUGUUCAAAAGGGACAGAUAUUGAAUACAACUUCACCAGUGCCAAAAAUGAAUUUCACAUUCAGUUCUCCCAUCAAAGUCCACAGUCCUCAGACAUCAGUCAGUCCGACGUCUGUUAAUGUGGGGGAAGGGAAGUCUACUGCAGACCAUAUAUUUCAACCUUCAACUCUGAAACCACAUCCAGGUAAGACAGAAAUCAAUGACGGGGAAGGAAAGAGUAAAUUUCCCGUAAAAACAUGGGAUUGUGAUGUUUGCUUGGUUCCAAAUAAAAUGGUAAAUGCCAAGUGUUUGGCGUGUGAAUCUCCUAGAUCAGGAUCCCAACCAUCAACAUCAGGUUUUAUGGUGAAACCAAAAGCAUUUUCUUCACAAACAGGAUUUGUGGUUGAGUCUGAUGGGCCCACAAAGCCAGUAGUAAAAGAAUUCAGUUUGAAUGGUGAAGGUAUCAACAAACCUGUCCCUGUAGAAAAAACAGCAGGAAAUUAUGAAAAAGAUACAUCUUCAUUUGAACAAAACUGGAACUUAGAUAGAAAAACUAAAUCUAGUGUAGAGGAAAGCAAUGGAUCUAACAUGGAAAAAACAAGUGAAGAUUCAUUUUUGAAAAAUUCUGGGAUUUUAAAAGACAAUGAAAGUCCAAGUAAGAAUGCAACUUUGCCAGAAAAAAAGGAAACGGAACAGAGAGCUGUUAAUUUUACCAUGCCUACAAGUCUGACAUCAAUAUCUAAUGUUCCUGUAACAAAAGAAUCUGGGGAAUCUAACAAGGGAGUAGUUACUUUUACUUCACCCUUCCCCAGUAACAGCAUGAAUCCUGUGGCUCCAGCACCAAUGCAGUUCAAUAAGAUGAGCUCAAAUUUUGGGGCACCUGUUUCAACAAUGAAUAAAGAACAAAUUGAAAAGAACCAGGAAUAUAAGGUUUUAACUACAGCUCCCAGUUUUUCUGUUGUACAAAAUACAACCCCAAAUUCUACUGUAACAUUUCAAUUUGGUGUAAAUUCAAUGACAACCACAUCAGUGACAUCAUCCAGUUUUCAAUUUGGACAAAGUACAACUCCAAAUUCUAAUGAAAAUUUUCAAUUCAGUGUGAAUUCAUCAAAAGCUUCUUCAGGGGUACCUUCCCAUUUCCAGUUUGGACAAAGUAAUAAUAUAGUCCCAAAGUCUAAUGCAACCUUCCAGUUUGGUGCAGAUUCAUCAAUUACUUCAUCAGCAUCAUUGUCCAGUCCUUUUCAAUUCUCUUCAAGUGCUGCUUCUGGAGCCUCCAUGUCAGCAAAAACAGUGCCAUUGCAAGUUGCUGCAAGUUCCACAAAAGCUGUGUGCUCCCCAAGCUCAAUGUUUUCACAGUCAGGUGCUAAUUCUGGCAGUCUUGGAAAUAAUACUACACCUGGGAGUCAAGGUGGACCAUCAAUAAACUCAAAUUUUGGUUUUGCUGGUCAAGCCCCUACAUUUGGAACAUCAGUUUCUCUUGAAAAAGAAAAACCUGCAGGUUUUAACUUCAGUUUUGGUGCAGCAAAAUCAAGUGGAGCUGUAUCCAGCUCUUUGUUUCAGUUCGGUAACCAGCAGCAGUCAAGCAUCACAAAUGAAAAUCAACCAUCUUUAAAUGGAGGACUGAACCCAACUCCUCAAGGAAUAUUUAGCUUCAGUGCUGCACCUCAACAGAACCCCCCUCAGCCCUCACUACCAGCUGCUACAAGUUUUAAUGCUGGCCAAUCUAAUACCCCUACUGCUGGAUCAUCUUUCUUCAAUAUUGGUGCCUCAAAUGAAUCUGGAAGAAGGGUGGUGAAGAAGGCUGUGAGAAAACUAAAGCGAUAACUUUCUAAGAUGGUGACUCAAGUAGAAAGGUGAAGAAGGCAUUGAGAAAGAGGAUGGCUUUUAUGGAAUAGUGACUUACAGAAGGCUAAAAGUGUAUAGAAAAAGCUGAGAUAACUGUCCAUCAUCUAGCUCACCUAAGUCAGAGGGUCAUUUGAACUUCUCUGACCAAAGUUCUUAAUUCUGUGUCUCUGUGUUUGUUAUCCUUCACCCCUCCAACUGAGAUGGGGUGAAGUUAAAAAAAAAUUACAUUUUGUAAAAAUUCUGUCUUUAUUCUUGUGCUUCUGACAGACAAGCUCUAUACAUCAUUAUAUGAAUCAGUGAGCAUUUUUCUGAGACUUGUAUGUGACAUAAGGAUAGCAUAAGCAUGGGGAGUUUGUGUAGAACAAGUGAUACUCAGGUGACAUGUCCUUAGACAUUCUGCUCUAUUUUAGCUCUAAUGGCCAUAUAGUAGUCAUGUACAGAUACAGAUGGGUGAGCUCAUUUCUUCUGACACAGAUGGGUGAGCUCAUUUCUUCUGACAAGUGUGUAUUUUGGCAUGGCAAAAUAUGAACUUCUAUGCAUGCAUGCAGUUUAGUCUGGAUUUUAAAAGCUUUUUUUUUUCUUUUGUUUUGCUUUUGAAUCCAUGAUGGGCAAAUAUGUUUCUUUAGGAUAUAAUCCACCACAGAUUACACUUAUCCAAAGUAGAAAUUUUUAUGAAUUCAGCAGCAAUGUGUGUUUCAUUAUAUACUGAACUCAAGUGCAUACAGACCUUUAUCUCUGCCAGAGUUGGGAAAAUCCUUCAUUUGACAGAACUCUCUAAAACAGCAAAAAUGGUUCGAAGGGCACAUUACAGAUUUCAGGAAGAGAUACUCAGGUGAGCAUAUGUGGCCCAAACCUGCAAAGCCUAAAAGCUUGUCUUUGCCUGCGUGAAUUACAGAACUAUUUCAAUCAUGUAUGUGGCUAUUGUACUUUUUUAUGUUAUCAAGAAUUAAAUAAAACAAGUAUUAAAUUAUU